GUACUGACUCCUCUAAAGAGAGAGACAAUUAGAGCUGAUCAGAAACAGCUGUGGCACCUGCAAGACUUAAAACCUGACAUGUAGCACAGCUGGUAGCAUUUUCUCUUGCUGACUGACUGAAAUGGCUGCUGUGCAGGCCUCGCUUAUUGUUGUCUUGACUGUUUGGCUUGCCAAAGGUUCUCUUAUGGGUGCUGGUGGGAAACCAUGUGGUCAAGGGAUGCAGAUGGGAAUGAACGAUAAGUCCAUGCCAGAGGCUAAGGAAGUACAACUGGAAACCAAUGAAGUUGAUGCAUCAGCUGAACACAUGAAACAUGCACAGAAGGCCCUUAAUAGACCUCAAGGACUCAGAAAUGAGAAAAAUGACCAUCAACGGAGAGCUGGCGACCAUGUGAACAGCGACAACCUGACGGCGGGCGACCAUGUGCACGUGCACUGCAACAACCUGACGGCGAGUGACAACCUGACGGCGGGCGACCAUGUGCACGUGCACGGCAACAACCUGACGGCGGGCGACAACCUGCACGUGCAGGGCGACCAUGUGCACGUGCAGGGCGACAACCUGACGGCGGGCGACCAUGUGCACGUGCAGGGCGACAACCUGACGGCGGGCGACCAUGUGCACGUGCAGGGCGACAACCUGACGGCGGGCGACCAUGUGCAUGUGCACUGCAACAACCUGACGGCGGGCGACCAUGUGCACGUGCAGGGCGACAACCUGACGGCGAGCGACAACCUGACGGCGGGCGACCAUGUGCACGUGCAGGGCGACAACCUGACGGCGGGCGACCAUGUGCACGUGCAGGGCGACAACCUGACGGCGGGCGACCAUGUGCACGUGCAGGGCGACAACCUGACGGCGAGCGACAACCUGACGGUGGGCGACCAUGUGCACGUGCAGGGCGACAACCUGACGGCGAGCGACAACCUGACGGCGGGCGACCAUGUGCACGUGCAGGGCGACAACCUGACGGCGAGCGACAACCUGACGGCGGGCGACCAUGUGCACGUGCAGGGCGACAACCUGACGGCGGGCGACCAUGUGCACGUGCAGGGCGACAACCUGACGGCGAGCGACAACCUGACGGCGGGCGACCACGUGCACGUGCAGGGCGACAACCUGACGGCGAGCGACAACCUGACGGCGGGCGACCACGUGCACGUGCUGGGCUACAACCUGACGGCGGGCGACCAUGUGCACGUGCACGAGCGACAACCUGACGGCGGGCGACCAUGUGCACGUGCACGGCGACCACCUGACGGCGAGCGACCCAAAGCUCCUUGCUGAUUGGGCUUCACGCAACACUGCAGCUAACGACAACCUAGAAACUUUAAUACAGCUGUUCAAGAAGCUACGCAGAGGGCACCUGUAGGUGCUACAGCAGCUGUGGUUAAAGCAAGCAGGUUGUUUGGAACUGCGUUUUAAGUAGAGAUUUACAUUUGAAGAACCAUGCAAUUGUUAAUUUUGCAUUCUACAUGUACCGGUUUAAUCUGCUUCAAAUAAAACCCUUGAUUAACUGA